AUGGAUAAAUCAUGGAUUGACAUGCCUCGAAAUACACCACAAUAUGUGGAAGGAUUGAAUAGCUUUUUAAAUUUUGCAUUUGCCAAUAGGAGUGUUGAAGGUGGGAUAAUAUGUCCAUGUCCUAAAUGCAAGUUUAAUAGAUGGAAAUCUCGAGAAGAAGUAUAUGACCAUUUGAUUGUAAAACCUUUUUUGAAAGGGUAUACGGUUUGGUUAAGACAUGGAGAGAUAAGUCAUGCAGAUACUAUAGUUGAAAGACCUUCAAUGUCUCGGGAGAUUGAAGAUAGAGUUAUUGCUAGUGAUCCUAUAUGUGAUAUGGUCAAUGAUAUAUUUAGAAAUCAUAUAAGUCGCGAUGAUAUGCAAGAAAAUGAUGAUAUUUGUCCACAAUCAAACCAAGCCUUGCUUGAUAACAAUGCAGAAUUUUUGGAGUUAAUUAGGGAUGGUCAACAAACAAGUGACAAGGCAAUGUCAAUGAUCCUAGAGCUGUUGGCUGAUGCUUUUGAACAUGCUAAUAUUCCAUCUUCAUUCUAUGAAGCGAAGAAAACUAUUGCCAAACUUGGCCUUAAUUACACCAAAAUUCAUGCCUGUCUGAGGGAUUGUAUGUUAUACUUUGGAGAAGAUGCAAAUAGAGAUACUUGUAAGACAUGCAAACAAUCUAGGUGGAAGUCAAAAGAUAAGGGUGCAAAUACUAAUACUACUGAUAAACAAAAAAAGGUGCUUGCAAAAGUUUUGAGAUAUUUUCCUUUAAAGCCACAUUUGCAAAGGUUGUUUAUGUCUUCAAAAACUGCUGAGCAUAUGCAAUGGCAUGGAUUGGAAAGUACUACUGAGGGUAUAUUAAGGCAUCCAAGAGACUCAGAAGCAUGGAAGAAAUUUGACUUAAUGUAUCCUCAAUUUGCUUCAGACUCUCGAAAUGUACGCCUUGGGUUGGCUACUAAUGGCUUUAAUCCUUUCAGGAAUUUGAGCACGAGUUAUAGUAUUUGGCCAGUUAUGCUCAUACCGUACAACCUUCCUCCUUGGAUGUACAUGAAACAGAGUUCAUUUAUCCUGUCGAUGAUCAUUCUUGGUAAGCAAGCACCGAGAAAUGACAUUGAUGUAUAUCUUCAACCAUUACUAGAAGAAUUGAAAGAUUUAUGGACUACUGGUGUUAGAACUUUUGAUUCAUAUAGCAAUGAAGUUUUUAACAUGCAUGAAGCUGUGAUGUGGACUAUUAGUGAUUUUCCUGGUCUUGGAACCUUAUCUGGAUUGGAUACAUAUACUGGGUUAGUAUGUCCUACUUGUAAUUUUGACUCAGUUCCUAGCCGACUUCCUCAUAGUCGAAAGUGGUGUUUCAUGGGUCAUCGUCGAUCUUUUAAUGAAGGGCACAAAUUUAGAUUAGCUCGAAGUCGAUUUGAUGGAAAUGUAGAAAAUAGAAACCCUCCUGUAGCAAUAACCGGUGCAUCUAUAUGGCAACAAGUUCAGAUGAUUAAUGUGGUGUUUGGAAAAGAUUUAGAUGUUGAAGGAAGGGCAAAAAAAGUGCGUCGAGUUGGUGGGACACAAGCUGAACCUUCACAAUAG